UAGAGUACGAGAGGGCGGUCACUUCCUGGUCAUGUGACCUGUCAACAGAAGCAGCGAUGGAGAGAAGCUAAGGAAGAAAUCCCUACUCUUGUGGAAUGGCAGCAGUUUGGCAGCAGGUGUUGGCAGUGGAUGCAAGGUACAAUGCAUAUCGCACACCUACCUUCCCACAGUUUCGAACUCAGUACAUCCGCAGACGCAGCCAGCUGCUCAGAGAGAAUGCUAAGUGUGGCUAUGAGCCCAGUCUGCGCAGACAGUACCUGAGGCUGCGCAGUCAGCUGUUGGCCCUGCGCUACGGGCCCCUGUCUGAGCAGAGCAGCUUUAGGGCCAGCAGUGUGCGCAGCUCCCGCACCACUCUGGAUCGCAUGGAGGACUUUGAAGAAGACCCUCGUGCCCAAGGGGCCCGUGGUCACCGCCGAUCUGUCAGUAGAGGCUCAUACCAGCUCCAAGCCCAGAUGAACCGAGCAGUCUAUGAUGAGAGACCUCCAGGCAGUUUGGUACCCACAUCAGUGGCGGAGGCCAGCAGAGCGAUGGCAGGGGACACAACUUUGAGUGAAAACUAUGCCUUCGCUGGCAUGCAUCACAUAUUUGACCAACAUGUGGACUCUGCUGUUCCUCGUAUACAGUUUGCCAAUGAUGACAAGCACCUCCUUGCUUGCUGCUCACUGGAUGGCAGCUUGUCGAUUAUGACACUGUCUCCGCCUCCUCCCAGUGUCAAGGUGACUCUAAAAGGUCAUGGAGGUCCUGUCACAGACUUUGCAUGGUCCCUAAGCAAUGACAUCAUUGUUUCCACAUCCCUCGAUGGCACUCUGCGCAUUUGGAACACAGAGGAUGGGCGCUGCAUUCGAGAGGUCAGAGAUCCUGAGUCCAGUGAGCUGCUCUGCUGCACCUUCCAGCCCAUGAAUAAUAACCUCACUGUGGUGGGAAACAGCAAGCACCACCUGCAGGUGGUGAACAUCUCCACUGGGAAGAAGGUGAAGGGGGGCUCCAGUAAGCUGACAGGCCGCGUGCUGUCGGUCUCCUUUGAUGCUCCGGGGAAAAUCCUGUGGGCGGGUGAUGACAGAGGAAGCAUCUUCUCCUUCCUUUUUGACAUGGCCACAGGGAAGCUGACCAAAGCCAAGCGCCUGGUGGUGAGCGAAGGCAGCUCCAUCUGCAGUAUCUCUGCUCGCUCUUGGAUUAGCCGCGAGGCCAGAGACCCCUCCCUGCUGGUCAACGCCUGUGUCAAUAAGCUACUGCUGUACAGGGUAGUGGACAAUGAAGGAACACUACAGCUAAAGAGAAGCUUUCCAAUUCAACAUGGCUCACAGCUUGUUCAUAGCAUUUUCUGCCCUCUAAUGUCUUUUAGACAGGGGGCUUGUGUGGUGACUGGCAGCGAGGAUGGCUGUGUCUACUUCUUCGAUGUGGAGCGCAACACUAAAGCGAUCGUGAACAAGUUACAGGGCCAUGGGGGACCAGUUCUGGACGUGAGCUUCAACUGUGACGAGAGUUUACUGGCUUCUGCAGAUUCCACUGGCAUGGUCAUCAUCUGGAGACGGGAACAGAAGUAACCACACCAAUAAAAAUAUGCUGCUGCUAGGUAACUGUCCAGUUCAUUCAGUUCAUGAUCUAGAAGUUGAUGUCAUAAUUUCAGAUGGAGAGCUAAGGUCUUAAUCUAUGGGCAGUUCAUUAUUUUUAAAAGAAAUAUCCUAACAGAAAGGUCACAAUUGUUGUACCAAAUAUUUUAGUGUUAUGACAAAAUGUCCUUUCAGUUUACAACAAUCACACCUUUGUGGCUGAAAACUGCUCAGUUAAUUUGUGCUAACAGGAAAGAUCGAUUUAGGUAUCCUGUGGUUAGAUCCAGUAACUAGUGAGAUAUUAACCAUAAACCAAAUAAUGUGUGUUUCAACAUUUAAAGGCAUUUCUUGCAAUAGGACUUACUUUUUAAACUAUGGGCUCUUAAAAUUGAUAUGACAUCACAUGAAAACCAACCUAUAGCGAGUCAAUUUUCACUGGAAUGUUACACGACUGCUUUUAAUGUGAAAUACCAUGAUAAUUAAUGAGUGCAAUCAGGUAGCUUUGUGUCUAAGUGGUGGGCGAAUUCAUUCAUUCUUAUUGUGAGAUCCUAUGCAUGACAUUUGACUGAAUUUAACAGACUGAAGAGCUUACAAUGGAAUAUUCUUUAAAAACGUAUCUUUCAAACACUAAUGCACAUUUUGGCUUGGAUCUCAUCAUUAUUUAUGUAACUGUUAUUUAUGCGUGAUAUGAACUGUAGUGAUUGCCUUAUUUUACUUGUCCUGCUUGCCUGUUCUUGUUAAAACCAUGUGCAUGACCAACUGAGUCAAUGAAGAAACCAGCUGGUCAUGAAUGAUAAAAAGGUUGGUUUAGAGGUUCAACUAUAUUUCAUGUGUGUUUGGUUCAUGUUGUUGUUGCAGAAUCAUAAUUUAUUUGAUGCACAUUUAAAAUAAACUACUGCAACUGUC